CACAAAGUUCUGCACUACAUUCCUUCUCUGCCUCCGGUUCCGUUGAAAGUGCCCCUCCUAUAUUCAUGAAUCUACGAAACUGCCCCCACGUCUCCGAAUCACCAAACAUCUAAAACCCUGGACCCGCGGCACUGACCAAAUUGCCCCUCCCUCCGUCGUGACUCAAGAAGCCGGCAAUUCGGACCCCUUUUGGAACCCUGCUGGAAAUACCGGUCAACCGUCCCACUAUUAAAGGACUGACCUCCUCGUCUCCGUUAGUUAAUUAAUUACCCGACCCUAACAUCCCUUGGAGAAACAAAAGCACAUACACGUACAGACAGCUAAUUAGCUAUGAGAGUACCGGAAGCUCUUAGUCUUCAACCUCAUGCCCAGAAUCAUUCACAACACCACUGAGAAAAUGACUCGCCUUUGCCGGAAAAUCGUUCCGGUUGGCGUCCGCUGGAGCGUCCUCGACAAGGUAUCCUUUAUUGGCCGUUUCUUCCAGUUCAUUUGGGACAGGAUUCUGGUCUGCUCCGUCGGCAAACCGGCCCGGUACCGGAGGUUACCUCUGCAGGACUCUUCUUUGAUGCCGGCGACGGCGACAAUCAAAGUUGACGGAGUCAUCGGAGAUCACCCUGCCAUUACCGGCGGUGGUGGGUGUGAUGCUGAUUCAGAUUUGGUGAACCUGAAAAUCAGCUUAUUGGGUGAUUGCGAUAUUGGGAAAACUUCUUUUGUGAUCAAGUAUGUAGGGGAUCAGCAGGAAAAGAGGAGUUUGCAGAUGAAAGGACUAAAUUUAAUGGACAAGACUCUAUUUGUUCGAGGAGCUCGAAUUUCUUUCAGUAUAUGGGAUGUUGCAGGUGACAAAGGGUCAUCAGAUCAAAUUCCCAUGGCUUGUAAAGAUGCUGUGGCAAUUCUGUUCAUGUUCGAUCUUACCAGUCGAUCUACACUGAAUAGCAUUGUUGGAUGGUUUAGCGAGGCAAGAAAGUGGAACCAGACAGCACUUCCUAUUCUGAUAGGAACGAAAUUUGAUGAUUUUGUUAGACUUCCCCCCGACGUGCAAUGGACCAUCGUCAGCCAGGCGAGGGCGUAUGCGAGGGCGAUGAAGGCGACGCUUUUUUUCUCGAGUGCAAGACACAACAUUAAUGUGAACAAAAUCUUCAAGUUCAUAAUGGCCAAGCUCUUCAACUUGCCUUGGAAGGUCGAACGAAACUUGACCCCGGGAGAGCCCAUCAUUGACUUUUGAUUCACCUUGCAUGUAUAUAUUUACCGCAACAACACAAUCAUCAAUAACCCUAAAUUCACUCACUAUUACCUCCUUUGCUAACUGGUCACCUUCUCUGCUCUCGGGAUUGUACUAUUAGGAAAUGAAUACCAUAGGAUGACUCGGCUUAAUUUCUCCUCUCA